AUGGUGCCCAUCGAUCUGGCUGAGCUCUACUAGCUUUGCCUUGGUAAUCAGGUUGACUAGCGGUCUUUGAGAAAUAGAUCGAAUCAAAACAUCACUCAUUGUAGCGUAAUUUUUUGUUGAAACAUAAUCGUAUGGACCGCCUAGCUUCAUUUUCUAAUGAUCCUUUUGAUAAGCCACCGUGCAGAGGUUGUUCCUCUUAUCUAACUGAGCCGUACAUCAAGUGUGCAGAAUGUGGACCCUCGCCCUUCUUACUGUGCCUCCAGUGUUUCACCCGAGGAUUUGAGUACAAGAAACACGAGAGCGAUCACAAAUAUGAAAUCAUGACAUCGGACUUCCCCGUGCUGGAGCCUGGAUGGACGGCGCAGGAAGAGAUGGCCCUUCUGGAGGCGGUCAUGGACUGUGGGUUUGGGAACUGGCAGGAUGUGGCAUAUCAGAUGCGCACAAAAACCAAAGAGGAAUGCGAGAGCCACUACAUGAAGAAUUUCAUCAACAAUCCACUCUUCUCCUCCACCUUGCUCAGCCUGCGGAAAACAAAAGACUCUCGCUUUGCCGAAGGCGCCAUUCCUUUCAAGCCCACUGAUGAUCCCCCUCGGCCUACGUUCGACUCUGUGCUUUCUCGAGACAUGGCCGGAUACAUGCCGGCCAGAGCCGACUUCAUGGAGGAGUUUGACAAUUAUGCAGAAUGGGAUUUGAAAGACAUUGACUUUGUGGAUGAUGACUCAGACAUCCUACGUGCACUCAAGCUCUCAGUCGUUGACAUAUAUCAUUCAAGAUUAAAGGAGAGACAAAGGAGGAAGAAGAUAAUCCGAGACCAUGGACUGAUCAACCUGCGCAAAUUCCAGAUGCUGGAGCGAUGUUACCCGAAGGAGGUGCAGGAGCUGUACGACGUCAUGAGAAGAUUUGCCAGAGUGGUUGGACCGAUCGAACACGACAAAUUCAUUGAAAGUCACGCACUGGAGUUUGAGCUGAGGAGGGAGAUCCGCAGGCUGCAGGAGUACAGGAAAGCAGGGAUCAAGUCUUUCUGCAGUGCCAAGGUGUACGAGAGGGUGAAGCGAAUGCGCGAGGACGAGCGCAGGAAGAGGACCAUGCUGUGUGACGUGCUGCAGUACAUCCAGGAUGGCAGAGCUUGUCAGCAGUGGCUCAGCAAACAGGCUGCAAUAGAUGCUGGCAUCACCCCAGCUGUCACAACAAUCACAGUGUCGGCAACAGGUAGACGGAGCGCCCCUCCUCUCAACUUGACCGGACUGCCGGGAACGGAGAAGCUCAACGAGCGGGAGAAAGAGUUGUGUCAGGUGGUGCGUCUGGUGCCGGGUGCCUACCUGGAGUAUAAACAGGCCUUACUGAACGAGUGCAGACGACAGGGAGGUCUGCGGCUGGCUCAGGCCCGAGCCCUGAUCAAGAUCGACGUCAACAAGACGCGUAAAAUCUACGACUUCCUAAUCAAAGAGGGCUACAUCACCAAGGCUUAGGAUGUGACCACAGGGGAGGCCAGACUGUGGUCAGUGGGUCGAUAUACUUUAAUCUUGUAACGUCAGUGUUUUGUAAGAGGUUCAGAUUGUUGCUGCUCUUUUGAGAUAUUCUUAACUUUUGUUUAGCUUUUUGUUUUUCCGUUUAAAAUGUAUUAAAAUAAUGUCUUUGUAUAAUCCUCUGUCAGAAGAACAGGGGCUCGUAUUAAAUGAGGAUGUAUUUAUUUCUCCUGUCAUAAAAUGUUGAUGAAAAAUGA